GGGAAAUUCCGUAAUUGUGAAAGUUCAGAAUUACCUCAGAGGAUGUUUUUGUGUGCUGUGUCAAUACCUGUACUGGGGUGCAUUUCUCAAAAGGGAAGUUGUUAGCCUGUUAGCAACUUUGGUAGUUGCCAAUGGGAAAAUGCAUUGAAAACAACAAAGUAGCUAAUGUAGUAAGCACCUUUGGUUUCGAGAAAUGCGCCCCUGUGUAGGUCAUACAUCUAAAGUAGUCAAUCCAGUUCAUCCACUUACCUUGACCUGAGUAUAUAAGGCAAAGCAGGUCGAGAGACAACAACAGAUCCAGACUUGAAAAUGGAGAGGGCAGUUGUGAUACUCCUACUGGUGGCAUGGAUGCACACAUCACAUGGAUGCACACAGGGGUCAGAAAGCAGAGAUCAGUGCUCCUCUGUGAACAUCUACACAGAACUUAAGGAGCUGCGGUCGCUUGUGCAGGGCCUCACGACCAGACUCGACGCCACCCAGGCAGAACUGGAGCUGGAGAGAGCAGCGAAAAAGGUGGCUUUCACUGCUGCAAUCUUGGGGGCCACCAGUAGUAAUUCGCACCAUGGACCCUUCAAUGCCGAAACAAACCUCAUUUUUCCAACAGUCAUCACAAACCUUGGCAAUGCUUACAAUGCUGAUACAGGCAUCUUCACUGCGCCGGUGAAGGGAUUGUAUUAUUUCCGAUACUCUGGACGUGCCUUCCAAAAUUAUGACAUGGGCCUGAGUAUCUUCAAGGGAAGUUCACGCAUCGUGUCCUCCUACAACUACAAUUCUUCUGGAGACAGGGAUGACACCGUUUCCAAUGGCGUUGUUCUGGAGCUUGAGGUCGGGGAUCCAGUCUACAUGCACCUGUGGAUCAACUCCUGGAUUUCCACAGAUGACCGCUACAAGUAUAGCACCUUCAGUGGAUUUCUACUCACUCCUUUGUGAUUUCCACAACCAAGUCAUUGAAUUAAUUCCUACAGCAGUUAUGCCAAUGGCUACGUUUACAUGAGACAUUUCAUUCUGAAUGAACUCCAUUUAAUUCUGAAUAAAGCUUAAUUCCACUUUGAAAACGUCAUGUAAACACCUCUUAAUUCGGAAUUAAAGGCAAGAUCAAAGUAAAUUUGACGCAACUAUUUAAUUCGGAAUUAUUCAUUCGGAAUUAAAAACAUCAUGUAAACGUAGUAAUUGUUAUUGUUUAUUAUUUCUCUGUGUGACAGAUGUGCCACAUGUUGCUUUUGGGUGGGAUCUAUCUCUUCAUAAAAAUAAAACUUGCUGACAGCUUUUGCCGGGCCUAGGAAAAAGCCAUCUGAAAGGGGACCCCCAUCCAGUAUACAAUGCAAUGAGGACCCACUUCUUGGCUCCCCCUAUCUCUGGGCCCAGAACUGAUACCCUCUGUCUCCAUCCCUGGUCACAUUCAGUUGUUUCUUGGGCACUUGUAGUAUGUGAGUGAUUCAAGUAUUUUCCAGAUUUAAUUGAGAAUAUUAGUUAACUAAAACAUCGGGCUAGCAAUUACACUGUGAGUUGAUGGGUCUAUGAAUUUCUUAUGUGGUGAUGUUAUUUUCUGCAUGCGUUUUCCCCUCAGGGGUGUACUGAAUCUGUUGCCAGUGGCUUAGACAUCAAUGGCUGUGUAUGUGAUGUGGCUGUAUAUGUGUCUGAGUGUUUUUGAGUGAACAAUACAUUAACACUGUUAUACAAUUUGUACAUUGACUACACUGAAUAAAGUGUAAUUUCUUCA